AUGUAUAUAUAUAAAGACUGUCCUCACAAGCACAUGCAAUUCAGAUUCACUGCAUCCCUUUGGCAAUUUUCAGAGAGUCUUGGUUGAGUUUCGGAUUUUUCUCGAUCGGUCAUACUACGCGAGCUGGUGUAUUUAGUGUAUUGACGUACGUAGCCGCCUGAACGUCGAUUUGUCCUGCUCACAAAGUGAUUCGAAGACAACAAAGUCUGCCUUUUGUUGAGAAAAUAAAAUAUUUUCACUGCCGUUUGACGAAGUAGAUAUGGUGAUUCGAGAUGUACCCGACCAGUGGUCCGAGACUGCAAGCACCGAACGUAGUGGCCCCUUGAGCGGCCCUCUGAGCUCCACCGGUAUCCUAAGAAACGACCGCAAUAACAGUGACCGUAAGGUGAGAAGCGCGAGGUUUGACAAUGGCGAUGGCAGCGAAUGCUAUGUGGAGAUUACACUGGACGUCCGUGAUGAUACCGUCUCGGUAUGUGACAUCAGCGGGGCCACCGGGGACCGUCAGGAGAUGGCUCUGCUUGCAAGGCAGCUCGAGCUGAGGCCAUCGUCGCUUGGCUCACUCCUGUCCUUUGGGCGGCUCAGGCAUAUGUCACAGGAGUUGAAGCGGAUGGCGUCCACUGGCAGCAGGGGGUUCAACGUGAUGGACCGGUCCAAGUCUGGGGCUGCACGUGCCCUCAGGGGGCUCCAGUUCAUGACCAAGACGGCCGGGACUGGGGACUGGUCUGAGGUCGAGUCGCGGUUCGAUGAGCUAGCAGUUGACGGAGUGCUUCCCAAAUCGAGCUUUGGCCAGUGCAUAGGCAUGAAGGAAUCGACCGAGUUUGCAAGUGAGCUGUUCGAUGCACUGGCCCGUCGUCGAGGUAUAACUUCGUCCUCAAUAACAAAGCUCGAGCUGCAUGACUUCUGGGAGCAGAUCACAGACCAGAGCUUCGAUGCGAGGCUGCAGACCUUUUUCGACAUGGUGGACAAGAAUGCGGAUGGUCGCAUCACCAAGGAGGAGGUGAAAGAGAUUAUUGCGACAAGUGCUUCGGCAAAUAAGCUGAUGAAGAUUCGGGAGCGUGCGGAGGAAUAUGCAGCUCUAAUCAUGGAAGAGCUGGAUCCUAACGAUCUCGGUUUCAUUGAGCUGGCAAAUCUAGAGAUGCUGCUGUUGCAAGCUCCAAGUCAGUCUACCGGCCACCUAACCGCAUCGGACAGUCGCAUACUUAGCCAGAUGCUAAGCCAGAAGCUGAUCCCAACCAGGGAACGCAACCCCGUCAAAAGGUGCUACCAGUCGAUAGCAUACUUCAUUGAGGACAACUGGAAGCGGAUGUGGGUGCUGGCGCUGUGGAUCUCGAUCUGCGCUGGCCUGUUCACCUGGAAAUUCAUCCAGUACCGGCACAGGGCAGUGUUUCACGUCAUGGGCUACUGUGUGACUACUGCGAAGGGCGGGGCUGAGACGCUCAAGUUCAACAUGGCCCUGAUACUGCUUCCGGUUUGCCGGAAUACUAUUACGCGGCUAAGGAGCCGGAAGAAGUUAGGAAUGGUUAUUCCUUUCAAUGACAACAUCGACUUUCACAAGGUAAUUGCCCUUGGCAUAUCGAUCGGAAUCGGGCUCCACGCAGGGGCUCACUUGACCUGCGACUUCCCCAGACUCCUGCACACCACGGAUGCCGAAUACGAGCCAAUGAAGCAGUUCUUCGGUGAGAAGAGGCCGAACAACUACUGGUGGUUUGUGAAGGGAACAGAGGGCUGGACCGGUGUGGUGAUGCUUGUCCUCAUGGCUAUAUCCUACACACUGGCCCAGCCUUGGUUCCGCCGCAACAGGCUUGAACUCCCAAAGCCCCUGAAAAAGCUAACCGGAUUCAACGCCUUCUGGUACUCACACCUGUUCGUGAUCGUGUACGCUCUCUUCAUCGUUCAUGGACACUUUCUGUACCUCUCUCGAGAAUGGUACAAGAAAACGACAUGGAUGUACCUUGCCGUGCCCAUGUUGCUGUAUGCACUGGAGCGCUUGCUUCGUGCCCUUAGAUCUGGAUACAAAACGGUUCGGAUCUUGAAGGUUGCAGUGUACCCAGGAAAUGUGAUGGCCGUUCACAUGUCAAAGCCUCAGGGAUUCAAAUACACAAGUGGACAAUACAUCUCUGUCAACUGUGCAACUGUUUCCCCAUUUCAAUGGCAUCCCUUCUCUAUCACUUCAGCAGCUGGAGAUGACUACUUGAGCAUUCAUAUCCGCACCUUGGGCGAUUGGACCUCACAGCUCAAAGCUGUCUUCUCCAAGGUAUGCCAGCCUCCCUUGGGUGAUCAAAGCGGGCUUUUGAGGGCAGACAUCGGACCAGGGGAAAACAAGCCCAGGAUACCGAGACUGCUUAUCGAUGGUCCAUAUGGUGCCCCAGCACAGGACUACAAGAAAUAUGACGUUCUCCUCCUAGUCGGUCUUGGGAUCGGGGCCACCCCUCUGAUAAGCAUCGUGAAGGAUGUGCUCAACAACAUCAAGCAGCAGAGGGAGAUGGAAGAGUCAGGCUUAGUCGAGAGUGGGGCAAAAGGAAACAGGAGGAAGCCCUUUGCCACGAGGCGGGCCUACUUCUACUGGGUCACUAGGGAGGAGGGCUCAUUCGAGUGGUUCAGAGGGGUCAUGAACGAGGUCGCAGAGAACAACCUGGAUGGGGUGAUUGAGCUCCACAACUACUGCACUAGCGUGUACGAGGAGGGAGAUGCCCGGUCCGCCCUGAUCGCCAUGCUCCAAUCCCUGCACCACGCCAAGAACGGGGUCGAUAUAGUGUCGGGGACCCGCAUCAGGACGCAUUUUGCCCGACCGAACUGGAGGAACGUUUUGAAGCAUGUCGCUGUUAACCACCCGGACGAGAGAGUCGGAGUGUUCUACUGCGGCUUGCAAGGAGUGGCUGGAGAGUUAAGAAGGCUAGCUCAAGACUUCUCCCACAGGACCACCACCAAGUUUUAUUUUCACAAAGAGAACUUCUAACCUUAUCCCAUGAAUAUUUUAGAAAAGCUUUACAUACACGCGCGCGCGCGCGCAUAUGUAUAUGUACAUUUACAAACAGUAAGUGAUAAUUUCAUCUUCUUGAA